AUGAAUUACAAUGAAAUUAAUCAUAAUACCAUGAUGAACACUAAUGAUAUAAAUCACCCUUCUCAUCUUAAUAAUGAGAAGAAUGAUUUGUCGAAUGAAGAAAAUUAUAUGAAUAUUUAUGAUAACAAUAACAAUAUCAUAAUAGACAAUGAGGUGGAUGAUCAUUUAAAAGAAAAAUAUAAUCAUAUAGGUGAAGGGUCACCAGAAGGUGCGAAUAACAUUAUAUCCGAUAAUAAUGAAAUACAUAGCAUUCAUAACAAUAAUAAAAAUAAUAAUAAUAAUAAUAAUAAUAAUUACAAUAAUAAUACUGUGAAUAAUACAUUUGGCAUGUCCAUUAAUGGUAAUGAAACUGUAAACAAUAAAGAUAUAAAUAAUAUACACGAAGAAAUACAUAGUAAUAAUGUUGAAAGCUUUGAAAAUUUAGAUGAUUAUAAAGUAAAUAAUGUUAUUCAUAAUGUUAAUAAUCUUAUUAAUAAUGAUGAAUUAUUAAUGAAUAAUAUUAAUAAUAAUAAUCACAUAAAUGAAGAUUUAUCUUCAUUAAAUAUAAAUAUUACACAAGAUAAUAAUGUUAAUAAUUUAAUUAAUCCAAAUAUAGGAAUAAAUAAUAAUAAAAAAGUUAAAAAUAAAAACAAAAAUAAAUUAUUAAAACAUAUGAACAAUAAUGUGAUAGAUGAAACAACAAAUAUAUCCUUUGAAAAUAAUAAAAAAAAUAAUAUCAAUGAAAAUUUUCUUGCACAAAAUCAUAAUUAUUAUGAUAAUAAUAUGGUAAAUAAUAUGGGAUAUAACUAUCCCACAUUUAAUAAUAAUAAUAAUAAUAUGUAUAAUGAAAAUAUGGCAUUUAUUCCAAACAACCAAUUUAUGUAUCCUCAAGUUUAUCAUCCCAAAUUACUAGGUGAAAAUAAAAACAAAGGAAAAAAUAAAAUUAACCCCAAUACAUACAUUAAUAAUUAUAAUAUGAAUAAUGACAAUUUUAAUAAUAAAUCAUCAAAUAUUUUAUACAAAAAUAUCAAGAUGAAUAAUAUUGAACAAAAAAAAAAGAAAAAAAUGAUUCAUUUAAAAACAGAUGCUGCUCAAAUAAGUUCAGUUGAAAGUACCAGUGAAGAUAUGAAUUAUUCUAAUGAAUAUGGUUCCCAAAAAAAGCAUGUCGAAUUUAAAGAAACAAAUGAUCCAUUAAUAUUACACCCAUCGACAUCAUAUAUAAGAAAUAUUGUUAUAAAAAAACCAUCAAAUAUUAGAAAUAGUAUUCAUAAUUUAAAUUUAUAUAAUGUUAAUUCGAUGACAUUCGAUUCUUAUUAUACUAAUAAAAAUGGAACUAAUAUAAUUAAUAAAAAUGGAGCUAAUGUAAUUAAUAAAAAUGGAACUAAUAUAAUUAAUAAAAAUGGAACUAAUAUAAUUAAUAAAAAUGAAUCUAAUACUAAUGAUAGAAAUAAUAAAAUUAUUUUAAAUACCGAUCAAACUAACAGUGAACAUAAUAAUAUGGAGAAUUUCAUAAAUAGUCCAUCAUAUAGGAUAUAUAAGCCUCCUGUUUUUAUUUCCAAAUAUAUCAAGGAUAUGAAUGAAGAAGAGUUAAAUGAUAUAUAUACAUUAUUAAAUGAUCAAAUAAUAAAAUCUGAAGAAAAUGAUAAAGCAAUUAAUUAUGUUAAAAAUGAAAUAAUAAAUCUAUAUAAACAAAAUCCAAUACAACUUUUAACCUUACAAAAAUGUUUAUCGUUAAUCAAAGCUCAUAGAAAUAUUAUAGAAGUCAUGUUUUAUAUUUUAGAGAAUAAUAAAUUGAUCAAUAUGCAGUGUGAUCCACAAUAUUAUAAUACUUAUAUAAAUAAUACUAGUUAUUUAAAUUAUCAAACGGUUAAUAAUAUAUAUAAACAUUGUAAAAAUGAAUCUUCAUAUGGAAAUCAUAAUAAUUACAACGAAUUUAUGAUUAAUAAUAUGUAUAAUGGAACAUCUGAUAAUUAUGGCAAUUUAAUAAAUGGGGAUGAUACAAGUAUGAUGGGGGGACAUGAUGGGGAAAGCACUUCAUCAAAGUUAUGUAGCAAAAAAUAUAACCAAAUUAAUCAUAUUAGUAAUAAUAAUAAUAAUAAUAAUAAUAACAGCAACAAUAACAAUAACAAUAAUAAUAACAGCAACAAUAACAAUAACAAUAAUAAUAACAGCAACAAUAACAAUAACAAUAAUAAUAAUAAUAAUAACCAUAAUAGUUGUUAUGGUAAUAUUUAUAAUCUUCAUAAUGAUAGCAACAUUUUAUGUGAUCCUUUAUCAAAUAAAUUGGAAUGGAACAACAAUGAACAUAUUGAGACCAAGGAAAGUAUAAGACAUAAUAGUAAAAGUCCUAAUUAUUAUAAUAAUUAUAAUUACAAAUGUAUAAGUUGUGAUAAAAUAUGUGAAAAUACAUAUUACAUAUUAAAGCCAACAAACAUAAAAAGAAUAUCAUAUGGUGUUAUAGAUAAAUGUAUUUGGUGUAGUGUUUGUUAUAAUUCUAGUAAUUAUCCAAAUGUUCUGAACAGUUCCAAUUUUGUUAAGGUAAAUAUUCCAUAUAAUUUAUCAAAUAAUGAUUGGAAUAUAAAUGAAAUAGAAAAAUUAAUAGAAGGAGUAUGUAAAUUUAAAAACAAUUGGGAACAAAUUAGUGAAUAUAUACAAACAAAAACACCAUAUGAAUGUAUAUAUAAAUUUAUUUCUAUGCCCUUAUCAAAUCCUUAUUUUGAUUUAAAUAAUUUAUAUGAUAUAAAUAAUAUAUCACUGAAUUCAUAUGAACAAAACAAUACUCUUCUCUCCUUGUUAUCUUUUAUAUGUAAUAAUAUUAGUCCAUAUGUGGGUGCAUAUGCUGCAAAAAAAAUUGUAGACUAUAUUUUAGAAAAACAGAAAGAAGAAAAUGAGAAGGAAAAAAAAGAAGAAAUAAAAGAAAAUGAUAAUAAUAAUGGAGAUAAUACAAAUAAAAUGGGAGAUCAUAAUGAAGAAAUUAUUAACCAUGUUUAUCAGAAGGAAGAAGAAAAAAAUAAUAUAAAUCAACAAAAUGGUGAAAAUGUUAACGAAAUAAAUGUAAAUAAUAAUAAUAAUAAUAAUAGUAAUAAUUUAAAUGAUGAUAAUAUAAACGAUAAUGAUCAUUUAACAUUACCAAAUGAAAAUAAUAAUAUUUCAAAUAAUAAUGAAAUUAAAAAUGAAGGAAAUAUGGAAAAUAACAUUGAAGUUAAUAAUGUAAAUAAUAAUUACCAAAUUAAUGAUAAUAAUUCAGUACCCAACAAUACUAAUGACUCUAUGAAAAAAAAACCAUCAACAUAUAUUUUAAAAGACGAUGAUAUGAAAAUUAUACAUGAUACAAUUAUUAAAUCUUCCAAAAAAAGGUCAAGAGAAUUAGCUAACCUAGAAGAACAUAAUUUAAAAAAAUUACUUAAGGAACUUGUAUUAUUAAAUACAAGAAAAGUUCAACUAAAAUUAAAACAGCAUGAAUAUCUGCAAAAAUAUUUUGAAUAUCAAAAUGAAUUCAUGGUUAAUAAGGGGAAAAAUGAGAAUGAAACAAAAUAA